AGCUGGCGAGGCUCUCUGAGAGGCAGAUCUUGACUGUCCGGGUGUGGGCUCUGGGUGCGGGUUUGUGGCGCCCACUGUUACACUAGGUUUCGGGCAGUCCGGCCCAGCGGCUGGGCAGAAUGCGGCUGGGCUCCGGGGCUUUCGCUGCCAGCUGCGUAGCGAUUGAAGUGAUCGGGGUCGCGAUAUUUAUUCGGGGAUUCUUCCCAGCUCCUGUUCGUUCCUCUGCCAGACCAGAGCACGGUGCAGAGACCCCAGCGCCCGAACCCGUAGCAGGAGUCAGUUCGAACUGGACCAAGCUGCCACCACCUCUCUUCAGUAAAGUGGUUAUUGUGCUGAUAGAUGCUUUAAGAGAUGAUUUUGUGUUUGGGUCGAAAGGUGUGAAGUAUAUGCCUUACACAACACAUCUGGUAGAAAAAGGAGCCUCUCAUAGUUUUGUGGCUGAGGCUAAGCCUCCCACAGUCACUAUGCCUCGAAUCAAGGCAUUGAUGACAGGAAGUCUCCCUGGCUUUGUUGAUGUCAUCAGGAAUCUCAAUUCUCCUGUGCUCCUAGAAGACAAUGUGAUAAGACAGGCAAAAGCUGCUGGGAAAAGAAUAAUCUUUUAUGGAGAUGAAACAUGGGUUAAGUUAUUCCCAAAGCACUUUGUGGAAUAUGAUGGGACAACAUCGUUCUUUGUGUCAGAUUAUAUCGAGGUAGACAAGAAUGUCACAAGACAUUUGGACAAAGUAUUAAAAAGAGGAGACUGGGAUGUGUUAAUCCUUCACUAUCUAGGGCUGGAUCACAUUGGCCACAUUUCUGGGCCCAACAGCCCCCUGAUUGGUCAUAAGCUCAGCGAAAUGGACAGUGUGCUGAUGAAGAUUCACACUUCACUGCUGUCAAAAGACAGAGAGACUCUCUUACCCAGUUUGCUGGUUCUCUGUGGUGACCAUGGAAUGUCUGAGACUGGGAGCCAUGGGGCCUCUUCCACAGAGGAAGUGAGCACACCUCUGCUCCUAAUCAGCUCUGCAUUUGAAAGGAAACCUGGGGAUAUUCGACACCCAAAGCAUGUCCAGCAGACUGACUUGGCUGCAACACUAGCAAUAGGACUUGGUUUGCCAAUUCCUAAAGACAGUGUAGGAAGUCUCUUAUUCCCGGUUAUAGAAGGAAAACCGAUGAGAGAACAAUUGAGACUUUUACAUUUAAACACAUUACAGCUUAGCAAACUAUUGCAAGAAAAUGUACCAUCCUAUGAAAAAGAUCCUGGAUAUGAACAGUUUAAAAUGGCAGAAAGGUUGCAUGGAAACUGGGUCAAACUGCACUUGGAAGAAAACCAUUCAGACAUUCUGCUUGGCCUGGGGACGAAAGUACUCAGGCAGUACCUGGGUGCCCUGAAGACCCUGAGUCUGUCUCUGAGCACACAAGUGGCUCACUAUGACAUGUACUCGAUGGCAGUGGGGACGCUCAUGGUUUUGGAGGUUCUCACCCUGCUCCUCCUUAGCACUCCACAUGUGCUGUGCAGAAAGGCUGAGCUGGAUGUCCCUCUGUUGUCUCCUGUGUUUUCUCUGCUCUUUUACUUGAUGCUUUUGGUUCUUUCGGCCAUUCACGUCCUGGUGUGCACCUCAUCUGAGAGCUCAUGCUACCUCUGCAGCCUCCCGUGGCUGGCAGCAGGCGCUGUGGUGCUACUCGUUUCUGCACUGUUCUGUGCAAUUUUGUCUGCUCUUAUCAGGAUGGUCGUUGACAGCACUCUGCUGAAGAAGAGUGCAGCUGAUGCCAGCUCAGGGUGGUCAGAGGUGAACCUCCUUCUUCUUCUGGGCACAGUGGGCCAUGUUCUGAGCCUGGGAGCCAGCAGCUUUGUGGAGGAAGAGCACCAGACGUGGUAUUUCCUUAUUAAUACUCUGUGCCUGGCUCUGUGCCAGGAAACCUGUAGGAGUUACUUUCUGAGAGAUGAAUGUGAACCCCAGCAUCACUUCCUUGUGGAACAAAAAUGUGUAAAUAUCCUUGCCUAUACUCCACAGGACAGCACAAGCUACCAUACCCCUGAGUCUGACACAGCAGGUAAACAGCUCUCCCUAUUGGAAGCACAAGGAAGCUGCAAAUGGUGGACAGUGCUGGCAAGUCCAUGGCUGGUGCUGAUCUGCUGUCGGCUACUGCGCUCCUUGAAUCAGACAGGAGUGCAGGGAGCCCAUCGCCCUGACCUUAGCCACUGGCUUACCAGUUCUGACCACAAAGUACAGCUUUCAGGCCUGGCUGCCCUCUCCCUGGUUGUAAUCUUCAUGUUAGUUCAAAGGAGGUGCUCCCUCGUAUCCAAGGUGGCCCUAGCACUGGGGCUGCUGGGCGUCUUCUGCUACAGGGCAGCCAUUGGGAUUGUGCAGUUCCCAUGGCAACCAGACAACAAAGGCAUUUCAAAGGGAAUUGUUGAAGCUCGUUUUGUUUAUGUCUUUGUCCUUGGUAUUCUGUUCACUGGUACCAAAGAUUUACUUAAAGCCCAAGUCAUUGCAACAGACUUCAAAACCAAGACUGUAGGCUUGUGGGAAAUGCAUAGUGGAUUAGUUCUUCUGGCAGCUUUGCUCUUGAGACCACACAAUCUUCCAGUGUUAGCAUUUAGUCUCUUGAUUCAGACUGUAAUGACUAAGUUCAUCUGGAAGCCCCUGAGACAUGAUGCAGCUGAGAUCACUGUAAUGCAUUAUUGGUUCGGUCAAGCAUUCUUCUAUUUCCAGGGUAAUUCCAACAACAUUGCUACCAUCGACAUUUCAGCAGGCUUUGUGGGCUUAGAUACCUACAUGGAAGUUCCAGCCACAUUCCUCACAGCAUUUGGAACCUAUGUAGGGCCUGUGCUCUGGGCCAGCCACCUUGUGUACUUCCUGAGCUCAGAAGGGGACAAUGGUUCAGCACUGAGCCGUGCUUGCUUCUGCUAUGCACUGAUUUGUUCUGUUCCAGUUGCCACAUAUGUUGUUCUGGUGACAUCUCUGCGCUAUCACUUAUUCAUAUGGAGUGUAUUUUCUCCAAAGCUUCUCUAUGAAGGAAUGCAUCUGCUCAUCACGGCUGCCAUUUGUGCAGUAUUCACUGCCACAGACCAGACUCGCCGCGUGAGGGGUUAGGUGGAGGCACACCUGUGUAUCAGCACACCUGGAGCUGAUGCACUUUCCAGUCACUGUUUGCAUCAUGGAUUUGAGUAUUGAACUGCUUACACACAAGAUUAUUCUGAGGUGGAAAAAAAAGAAUGUGAAGCCUGUGAAAUGAGUGGGUAACUUAAUUUUAGAUUUAAAUUAUAUAGCAGAUUAAGAUCACUUUAAAUAUAUAUUAAAAUUUCCUUAUUGGUGAUCACUCUGAAAUUUCAGAAAUUUUCAUUUCCUCUGAAUAAGUUGUGACUAUAUAUGCUUAAAUUGAUGGAAGAAAAAGUUCUAGACUUUAUCAUUAUGUUUAUCUCAGAGAGCUCAGGAGCUUUGUAAGAGGGGGUAUGUCUGCUACAGGGGCUACUCAAAGACCUCACAAUCCUAGGAGCUCUUCAAAUCAGAGUUAGUCGCAUUUGGAAUGAAAACUAAAUCAUUUUAAAACAUUAUUUAUUUAAAAAAUAAUGUGUUGGUGGACAAGGUAGAACAUACUUGCAUAAUACCAGUACUCAAGAAGGCAGAACCAAGAAUAUUAUAUGAUUUCUAGACUGCUUAGGCUGCAUAGGACGACCAUGUCUCAACUCUUCCCUGCCUUCAAUAAAAACUACUGUAUAUUAAUAUAACAAAAUAAUUAUAUUUUUCAAAAUAAAUGUUUAAUGAAAAAAUAUUUUUUUAUGUUUUACAAAUAAAUGACUCACUCAAUUGAAGAUAAUUGGAAUCCACAUUUGAUCUAUUGUAAUUUAUGUUUAAAAAGUAAGGAAUCCAGCCUCACUCAAAUCUGUGGUUAGAAAAGUGUGAAGUAUCUUAAUACCACUUCUUCUCUGUCAGCCUGACUACUGUACUGUGGUACCAAAACAAAAACGGGGGAAGUUCAACCUGUCUAUGUGUACAGGUUGAACUAGUGAUCUGGUUAGGGUCUUUUUCAAAGUUUAAACAUAUUUCAGUCAUGUCAUAUUAAAGAGGCCUAUCCUUGAGCUAGUAGAAUUGUGUCUACAUCAUCAUGGACUCUAAUGACACAACACUGAUCUGCUAGGCAAGAUAUGCCCCUAAUAUAAUAGUGGCAUGAAUGUUAUGGUGAUAACUAACCAUUUUAUGGUUGGAUUUGAAGUCUUGCCUACAUCAUGCUGUGAAUCUGAUCAAAAGCUCAUGGCCAGAAAGGUCAUAGGCUCUAAGAAAAAAACCUACUAGUGUUUUUCAAAAUGGAUAUGUUGUCACACUAUCUUGGAAGUGUUUAUGUUUACUAUCCACAGAUUAGGGCUGCUCUCAGAAAAGCUGACAGUGGGUAAUGCAAAGACAUAACUCGUUAAUGUAUGGAGAAUAAUUGACUAUUGAAUCUUUUGUCCUAAAUGAACCAUCUGUCUCUCUGUCUCUAUCUUUCUCUGUGUCUAUGUCUCUCUCUGUCUCUGCCCCCCCCACACACACACACCAAGAAUCAAGUAACAUUGUAGAGGAAUAAACAGAAAGAAUGCAAGGGCUAGAGAGUGAAGAGAGGUAUUGUGAAACUCUAUGUCUACCUAAAAUCUGCACGAAAUUUAGUUUCUCCACAUUUUAACAUAAGUAGGGAAGGGACACCUGAGUUACCACCCCUAGCUGAAGAACUAUUGUUAGUUAGUGGCUGCUGGAGAAGGAGUCAUUUUUCUUCAGACAUAUAGACACGAAUAAGUUGCCUAUGAUCUAGUUAAUAACCACAUACACAUGUAAGUAACCCUGAUUAAAUUAUGUUAGUAGGGAAAGGCAUGAAAGGAGAAGAGUUCCAGAUGGAGUAGAAGUAUAGGAGAGGAGGAUGGGGUAAAAAUGAUCAAAAUAUAUGAUGUAGAUGUAUAAAAUUAGCAAAGAUUGAAUACUAUAUUUUAAAAGGGCAAGUUAUGUUGUCUAUGUGUAUAUAUACUAUAGUGUGUAUAGUGUGUGAGUUUAAAGAGGGAAAGAAAAAUUCACAAUGUAUUUGGUUCAUAAAAAAAUUAUAGUUUUAUUAUCUAUCUUAUUUUCUAGUGAAAAUAAAUAAUGUGCUUUCUUUGUUGUUUAGACAUUUAAAUUCCUUAGGUACUUCAAUAAAAACAAACUGUAUAACCCCA